AAAUACUAACUUUCCAAAGAGCCCCUUACCAACCUAAACUCAUCAUGCCUCCUAGAAGACAAAAUCCUCCUCGUCAACAAGCUAUUCGGGACAUAGAGAUGGAAGAACUACGUCAACAAAUUCAAAGGCUUCAAGAAAGACUUGAAGCUUUUAAGGGACCACAAGCACAACACCUGCAAGAUGAACCACAUGAGUCAGAGGAAGAUACUGACGACAAGAAUCCCUUCCAUCACCUAAGGGAUAAUGAAAGCUCAUCAUCAAUAGAAAGAUGUGAUGUUCGGGAAAAGGAAGAGCAAACCAUAGCCCGAUGUCUUGGAGGAUUGGACUAUGACAUUUCCAAAGUUGUUCAACUUCAACAAUAUUGGACUUUGGAUGAUGUCAUUCAACUAGCAUUGAGGGUUGAAAAGCAAACACCUGCCAAAGUUGAGAAGGAAGCUAGUUCAAGCUGUCCAGCCCAACCUAACACACAAAAGUGUUUCAAGUGUCAAGGAUUUGGCCACAUUGCCUCCAAUUGUCCCAAUAGGAGAAUUAUCACCAUUGUCGGAGAAGAGAUUCAUGAAGUCUCAAAUGGUGAAGUAGAAAAGGAGCAUAAUGAUGAGACUAAGCCACAACUUGAGGAAGAACUCAUCGCAACUGACAAUGGAGAAUCUUUGGUUUACCAAGACGAAGUGUGGUGUGAUGUUAUUCCCAUGGACACCUGUCACUUGUUACUUGGUCGCCCUUGGCAAUUUGAAAGAAAGGCUAUCCAUGAUGGUCAUGCCAACACCUACUCGUUUGUGAAAGAUGGUGUGCAAAUCAAGCUCAUUCCCCUAAAGCCUAAAGACUUACUUGAAAAGAAGGAUGAGGAUAAGGCCUUAAUCUAUAGAUCAACCUUUCAGAAGUUGCAUCAAGAAUCGAGGAUAGCUUGUCUCUUACUAUUAUCUAAAGUGAAUGAUGCCACUUCCCCUUUUCCAGAGAAAAUUCAAUCUCUCCUUGAAGAAUUUUCUGAUGUUGCUCUUGACAAGAUCCCUCAUGGAUUACCUCGAACUCAACGAAGCAAGGAUUCUAGCAUGGUUGUGCCUACAAGAUCAGACUUCUAGGUGACUACAGAGUGUCUGUUACUUUCAAUGUUGUUGACCUAUCUCCUUACUAUGAGGAUUAUAAGGAUUGAUCUCAAACUCGAGGAUGAGUUUUCUCCAAGCAGGGGAGAAUGCACCAGAAAAAAUGCAGCAAGCAUGC